GGCCGCCAUUUCGAUUCAAGUUAGAAAUGGCUGAACACCAAUCUCCCCCUCCCCUCCUAUUUCUGCUCUUACUCUUCCUCACUCUCAUCUCCGGCAUCGAAUCUACUCGACCGGCGUUCGCCUGUGGGGGGCCGGAGACGGCGGCGAUGCGAUUCUGCCAUCGAAAUCUACCCAUAAAGGUUCGCGUUAGGGAUCUAAUCGGACGGCUGACGUUGGAGGAGAAGGCAAAGCUGCUGGUUGACCAAGCGGAGGCUGUUCCGCGUCUGGGAAUCGGUGGAUAUAACUGGUGGUCGGAGGCUCUCCACGGCGUUUCCUAUGUUGGCCACGGUGUAAUAUUCGGCGGCGAUUUUCCCGGCGCCACCAGUUUCCCUCAGGUCAUUUUAACUGCCGCCUCCUUCAAUGCCUCCCUCUGGAACAGAAUCGGAAGGGUUGUGUCAACAGAAGGGCGGGCAAUGUAUAACGGGGGGCAGGCGGGGCUCACCUACUGGAGCCCGAAUGUGAACAUAUAUCGUGAUCCUAGGUGGGGCCGUGGCCAAGAGACUCCGGGAGAGGAUCCAACUCUAUCCGCUAAAUACGCAGUCAGCCCCCACCCCCCCCCGGGCGGCCGCAGCCGCUUUCUCCACCUCAAAGUCGCCGCCUGCUGCAAGCACCACACCGCCUAUGAUCUCGACAGCUGGCACGGCGUCGACCGCUUCCACUUUAGUGCUGAGGUGAGUAAGCAGGACAUGGAGGACACAUAUGAGGUGCCAUUCAAGGCCUGUGUGGUGAAAGGAAAGGCGGCGAGCAUCAUGUGCUCUUUUAAUGAAGUCAAUGGAGUCCCCACUUGUGCCGACCCAAAUCUCCUUCGUAAUACCAUUCGAACACAAUGGGGUCUCAGCGGAUAUAUUGUAUCGGAUUGUGACUCCGUAGGCGUCAUCUUAAACAACCAGCGCUAUGCAGCCACUCCAGAAGACGCCGUGGCCGUAACAAUCAAAGCUGGACUGGAUCUCGACUGUGGCCCAUAUUUCGCCCAGUACAUUGGAAGCGCGGUCCAGCAAGGCAAGCUCAACAUGUCUGACGUCGACAACGCGCUGGCGAACACCCUAACUGUACAAAUGAGGCUCAGAAUGUUCGAUGGCGACCCUUCUUCUCAGCCUUACGGCAAUCUCGGCCCAAAGAACGUUUGCAUCCCGGCCCAUCAAUACCUUGCCCUCGAUGCGGCCCGCCAAGGCAUCGUCCUCCUCAAAAACCAGGGCCCCAAACUUCCACUCCGCCCUUCCACCCUCCGCUCCGUCGCCGUCAUCGGCCCUAACUCCAACGUCACCGAAACAAUGAUCGGAAACUAUGCCGGCAUACCGUGCGGCUACAUAACGCCAUUAGAAGGAAUCAAUCGCUACGUCAGAACUGUUCAUGAGCCGGGCUGCAUCGAUGUUGCAUGUUCCGGUCCGAAUCAGCCUAUCGAUUCGGCCGUGGACGCCGCCGGGCAAGCCGACGCCGUCAUCGUUUUUGUUGGGCUCAACCAAGCAGUCGAGGCGGAGGGUAUAGACCGGGAAAACCUCCUCCUCCCCGGCAGGCAACGGGAGCUAGUUCAGAAAGUAGCCGCGGCCUCCCGCAGCCCGGUCAUCGUCGUUCUCAUCUCCGGCGGUUCUUUAGAUAUUUCCUUUGCCCGGGAUGACCCGCGGGUACCCGCAAUCGUUUGGGCGGGUUAUCCCGGCCAAUCGGGCGGGCAAGCCAUCGCAGACGUCCUUUUUGGAGCUUAUAAUCCAGGUGGGAGAUUGCCGAUGACGUGGUACCCUCAACACUUUGCUGACAGAGUACCGAUGACCGACAUGGGAAUGCGGGCCGACCCGGCCCGAGGAUACCCGGGCCGGUCCUAUAGAUUCUAUACCGGGCCGGUAGUUUAUCCCUUCGGUCAUGGCCUCAGCUACUCCAAAUUUGCUUAUGCUAUCGCCCACGCUCCGGCGGACUUCGCCGUUAGACUUGACAGCCGUUAUCAGACUGCUUCCGUCUGGGCCGUUCCAGUCAGCCAAGCUCGAUGCAGCGAAUUAAUCGUGCCCGUCCACGUGGAUAUCACCAACAAUGGUGAUUUAGAUGGGGUUCAUUCCGUACUGAUUUAUUGGACGAGGUCAAUUGGUGCGGAGGCAUGGUUCCCACACCGGCAGCUCGUGGCGUUUGAAAAGGUCCACGUGGCAUCCGGAGAAACAACUCGUGCGAAAUUGGGCGUGGACAUGUGCGCGGGAUUAAGCUUCGCUGGUAAUGACGGGAUUAGAAGGAUUGCGAUGGGCGAUCAUAACUUAGAAAUCGGCGAUCUAACUCACAAGAUCUCGCUCCACGCCGAAACGCAGUCCACAUGAACUGAAAUUUUACUUUACUAAAGUUAAAUAAAGAAAGUGAAAUGGAAACAUUGUUUUAAAGGUAAAAGGGUGAUUAAAUAU